UUUUUAUGCCAGUCGCCUUUCAAGCUUUGGCGGAUCAACGUUAUUUUUAACCGACAUAAAAAGGAGGGGUUUAAUUAGUGUGGUGUUUCGUUGAUUGUGUUUGUGGUGUGUUUGUUUAUAUGCCCACCGUGACGGAUAUUACGGGGACUAACGUAUACCCAACCUCGAUGGCUUCGGACCAGGAGUCGUCCGACGAAGAGCCUGACAGCGAGAUGCUGAGCGACGACCUGUGCCUGCCCGACAGUGAUGAUGAAAGGCACAUCCCCAGGAGUGUUCAGAACAUCUCCGACGACAUCCCAGCGCUCAACUCCUGCCUCCUACGGCCUCCUCGGAAGCUGUUCACCAACUGCCGGGAACGAUGGCGACAGCAGAACGUCAGCGGUGCCUUUGCUGAGCUAAGAAGAUUGGUGCCGACCCAUCCGCCGGAUAAGAAACUGUCGAAGAACGAGAUCUUGAGGAUGGCUAUCAGAUACAUCGGCCUCCUCUGCGAAGUUCUGGAAUGGCAGAAGAACCACGGUCUUUCAAUGAACAAGGAAAACACCGCCAACCUUGCGAUCAAGUGCGAGUCUCCCCACAGUCCUCAAUCCAGGAGACUGCGCCUCAAAAGACCGUAUUACAACGAAGAAGACUGCCCCAAACCUAAGAUCUGUAACGACAUGGACUACCCAAAGUACGGGAAUGAGGAGAACGAGGAUCUGAUGAGAAGGAACUGCCAAAGACCGAGUAGACCAGACGUUUACUUUGGGAAAGACCAUCUGAGAGUGUUGAGGAAUCAGUACUACUUUUCCCCAAGAUGGCGGCAGAACAUUCCGUUCAGGAAUAUAGCAGACAGGAAUGGGAAUAACCUGCUGAUGAUAGCUCCAGCACAGAACGGGAAAGAUGAUGGGAAGACUCAGAAUGGGAUGAAUGGGAAAGAUAAAGAGGCCAAAGAUGGAAGCAAGUAAGUGUAUUAUUGUAAACUUUUAAAAUAUUGUGUUUUUGUAUGUUGGAUAAUUUUUUGUUGUAUCAAUGUAAAUAUCUUUAUUGUUGUAUGAUAAAAGGAGUGAGUUUGAGAGGAUGUAUAGAUAACAAUUUCAUUUAUAAUAAUGGAAUUUAAAAUAUCUUAUUCUCAAUUAAAAUAUAAAAG